AUGACUUCUGCAAAGCCAUUCAUUUUACCACAACUGCCGAAUGAAUUGCUCGAAGCCGUCUUUGCUCUCUUAGACAGCAACGACGUCAAGAACCUACGCGCAACAUGCUCAGCAAUGGCAGAGGUUAUCCCUCUGAGCUUUGACCGCGUUUUCAUCUCAGCCAACUCUCUCAAUCUCAAAGUGUUUCGCGCAAUUGCAGAUGAUGAGACUAUCCGCCACCAAGUCACUGAGAUUGUGUGGGACGACGCACGCUUGUCCACAGGACCAGAACUAGAAGAAGAGCGAAUGGAGUACGAAGAAGACGGCGUCGAUCCAGAUGAUGCCGUGACCGAUAACGGGUGUCCCCUUUGGUUCGAAAAGGGUCGCUCUGAUUAUGGAAAUCCUGGGACUUUCAUUCUCCCCGAUUAUCUCAUGGGCAUUAAAGAGUCCUGGGCCUAUUACGAACCACUACUUGAAGAUCAGCGCCAGGUUCUCGCGUCUGAUGCAGACAUUGAGGCUUUCAAGUAUGGCCUGCAGCGAUUUCCUUCGCUUAAGCGUGUGACUAUUACGCCCUCGGCUCAUGGGAGAAUACGAAACCCACUCUACAAGACACCUAUGAUCAGAGCGUUUCCUCGCGGUUUUGAUUACCCUGUGCCUACGGGAUGGCCUUCUUAUGCUACUGAGCUGCCAGGGCCAGUCGAUGUGCUCCCGGCUAAAUGGCGUGGCUAUCGGGUAGUGAUUCGAGCCCUGGCAGAGCAUGACGAUCAUGACAUCACCGAGCUUUAUAUCGGGGGUAAUGAGGUUGAAAGUGGGCUGAACUGCCGGAUCUUCGAUCAGCGCUGCGUUGAGUAUGACGAUCUGGUAACCAUGCUGGCGCGUCCUGGCUUCCGAUACCUCAAUCUUGACCUUUUUACUGGCCUUUUGGAACGCGAGGACUGGGAGUCAUACAAGAGCGGACUUCUGCACGAUGCUUUGGCUCAAGCCAAAGAUCUCGAGCACAUAUGCUUUCGCAGUACCAUGGAGAUCACCGGUGGAUCAAGUGAACAACUUGACUGGGAAAAAAUCGAGAACUAUGUCUUUCCGCUUCGGACUAUAUUUCCUGUUGAUCAGUGGCCACGGCUUCGUCAUUUCGGGAUCUCCCAUAUGCUCGUUCAACUCGAUGAUUUGAUGGAGCUUCUUUCCGCUUUGCCACGAACUUUACGAUCCGUCGAGUUAAGUAACUUGGCAUGGGGAAGUUUGACUCAUCGAACCAGAGAGUUGCUGCUUAGUAUGCAUGAUGUCCUUGACUGGCGAUCAAGGCCCGUCGAAGAAAGACCCAAGGUACACAUGAUCGUUUCUGGGUCAGCAUUUGGUGAGGGAGAUAGGGACGGAUGGCGCAAGGUUGACCUGACCAAUAUGGGUGGUGUUGUCGGGUAG